AUGCGCACUGGAGCCCACCCAACCCCAGCAGGCGGCGGGAAGCCCGCAGGGGGAGUCUCACCAGACUUCCUGACCAGCCGCCAGGGGAGCCCUGAAGGUGCCGGGAGCCGAGGUCUCAGGAGAUCGAGCGCAGCCUCCGCUGAAGCGCACAGCCUCUCGGACAGCACUUGCGACAUGGAGCCUCCGCCUCAGAGCAGCCGCGAUGCCGCUGCCGAUGCGGCUGCCGGCUCCCUCAGCCCGGGGGUCGACGAGGAGCGGGGAGAGGCGCUCGAAGCGCAGCCCGCGGAGAGCUCGGCUCCCGGAGAGGGGGGAGAGGAGCGGCAGCCCCCGGAGGCCGCCGUCGAGGCUCUCGUGGUCGUGCCGCAGCGGGUGCCCCGCCCCGCGUUCACGCCUUUGCAGAUGCAGGAGCUGGAGGGCAUUUUCCUCCAGGAUCUUGCAAGACGCAUGGGAGUGACUGAAGCCAAACUGCAGGUCAGUAAAAACCUGAAAAAUUUCAACUUGUAG